CAAAGCCUGCUGGCUGGGGAAUUCUGGGAGUUGAAGUCCACUCAUCUUAAAUCAUGCUGCCUGGGGAAUUCUGGGAGUUGAAGUCCACCCAUCUCAAAGCCUACUGGCUGGGGAAUUCUGGGAGUUGAAGUCUAGUCAUUUUAAAUCAUGCUGGCUGGGGAAUUCUGAGAGUUGAAGUCUACUCAACUUAAAUCAUGCUUGUUAGGGAAUGGCUAUUGCCUAACUGGUUGGGUUGGCAAUAUAUAUAAACCAUCAAUGCAUGUUUGCAGUCAAAAUCUAAUGUAUAGCUUUAAGACUGUAAUGCUGUAUUGCAUCAUACUGUAUUCUGAUUGGCUAGCUCUGUAGCCAACGUACUUAAGAGGAAGCUUGAAUCAUGGCUUGUUUUUCUUAUUACAUUAUUAUUGCUACCUCUGCUUCUCUCUGCCUGUUCUCUCUGCAUGAUCACUGCUACUUGUUGUUUUCUACUGUUUUACUGAUUGUUUUACUGCUGUAUUUGUUCCUGUUUGCAACUCCAAAAAGAACUGUUUUAUUGCAUAUGACUACAACAACUGGCCAGGCCCUUCGAGAGAGGCGGGGAGGGGGUCUGAACCAUGAACCCCCACCCGCGGCGCAUCCGCCUGAAGCCCUGGCUGGUGGCCCAGGUGAACAGCGGCCUGUACCCGGGUCUGCGCUGGGUAGAUCCGGAACAGAAGCAGUUUUGCAUCCCCUGGCGCCAUGCCACCCGUCACGUGCCGUGCCAGGAUGACGAGAACACCAUCUUCAAGGCCUGGGCCAAAGAAACGGGCAAAUACAACGAGGGCGUGGACGAGCCGGAUCCGGCCAAAUGGAAGGCCAACCUGCGUUGCGCCCUCAACAAAAGCCGGGAGUUCAGCCUCAUCUACGACGGGACCAAAGACACGCCGAUGCAGCCCUACAAGAUUUACGAGGUCUGCGACGCACCCCUGCCCAAUGGAGAGACCUUUGGUGGAGAAGAGCCUGUGGGAUGUGAAGAAGAGGAGGAGCUCCAGAAAAUGAUGCCCACUUUAAGGAUUGCAGAUCCAUCGCACGUCGCAGAGCCCCUUCCCCCCUACCCGUGGCUCAAGCAAGAGACCCUCUACACUAACUCAUGUGCCAAUGGGAACUUCUCCCACUUGGCUCCCCCAGAGGUGGGGCCUGGACCCCCAGCACCAACCCCCGUGGGGGCCUUCGCGGUAGGAGGGGAGCCUCCGGUGCCCAACUUUGGCGAAUCUGCAAGCCGGAUGCCGCUGGUGCCCGAGAGCAUGGCCAUGCCAGGAACCUUGGCGCCUCUCCCCGAGGGGGGCUGUCCUGCAGCCCCCAUCGAGCAGUUCAUCCCGAAUUUAUUGAUCAGCCCCCACAUGCUGCCACUGACCGACCUGGAGAUCAAAUUCCAGUACCGCGGACGUCCGGUGGGAGCCCUGACCAUCAGUAACCCCCAUGGCUGCCGCCUCUUCCACAGCCACCUGGAGCCCACCCACGAACAGGUGGAGCUCUUCGGGCCGGUGACGUUGGAGCAGGUGCGUUUCCCCAGCGCCGAGGCAGUCCCCAACGAGAAGCAGCGUUACUACACCCACCAGCUACUGGACGUCCUGGACCGGGGUCUCAUCCUGGAACUGCAAGGCCAGGACAUUUACGCCAUCCGGUUGUGCCAAUGUAAAGUCUUCUGGACCGGCCCGUGUGCCGGAGAGCUGGCCGGACCCAAUCCCAUUGAACGCGAGAAGAAGGUCAAGCUUUUUAGCCUGGAGAGUUUCCUCAACGGACUCAUCAUGUUCCAGAAAGGCCAGUCCCGCACGCCUCCCCCCUACGAGAUUUUCUUCUGUUUUGGGGAAGAGUGGCCCGACCAGAAACCGAAAGAGAAAAAACUAAUCACGGUCCAGGUUGUCCCCGUAGCUGCUCGGCUUCUUUUAGAAAUGUUUUCCGGAGAACUGUCCUGGUCAGCGGACAGCGUCCGCCUGCAGAUUUCGCAUCCGGAUCUCAAAGACAAAAUGGUUUCGCAAUUCAAAGAACUGCACCACCUUUGGCAAAUUCAGCAAAACAUGCACGAGGGGGACCCCAGCAGCUGGGAAAUGCAGACCGGCGGAAACGGCAUGCAGCAGUGAGAUGCCAAGAGACCCCGUCCCCCACCCCCAAAGACUACCACCCCCCCAUCCGGUGACAUUUGGAUGGCACCAUCCUCCUGGGCAUGCAAACUCCGGCAAGAGCUGUCCCAAAUCGGGCUGGCCUCGCCCUGCCCCACUGAGCCAUUCCUGAGGAGGAGUUGGGGGAGUCUCCUGGCGCACCCCAGCUCCGCUUGCAAGCCCCCCACAAGCUUCCGAUGACCUCUGGAGCAUGUUUUAUAAGAAGCACCUGGGCACCCCAGAGGUCAUUUAGAGGAGGUCGGGCUGGCCAGCUUCUCCUGCUUGCAAGAUAAAGAGAGAUAUGCAUGAAAUGUAAAACUUGAACUCUGAACCGAAGCGGGGCUCGAUUCGGAAGAAACGCGCGCUACGCUUCUCGCCAGGAUGGAGGCCUUAAAAAAAAAAAUGGAUUGAAAUUUGGGACCGUUGUAGGUUUGGGCCAGUGGUGAAAUCCAAUUUUUUUUACUACCGGUUCUGUGGGCGUGGCUUGGUGGACAUGGCUUGGCUUGGUGGGUGUGGCAGGGGAAGGAUACUGCAAAAUCUCCAUUCCCACCCCACUCCAGGGGAAGGAUACUGCAAAAUCCCCAUUCCCUCCCCACUCCUGGGGGAAGGAUACUGCAAAAUCUCCAUUCCCACUCCACUCCAGGGGAAGGAUACUGCAAAAUCCCCAUUCCCUCCCCACUCCUGGGGGAAGGAUAUUGCAAAAUCUCCAUUCCUACCCCACUCUGGGGCCAGCCAGAGAUGGUUUUUGCCGGUUCUCUGAAGUACUCAAAAUUUCCGCUACCAGUUCUCCCGAACCUGCCAGAACCUCCUGGAUUUCACCUCUGGUUUGGGCCCUGGAGAAGGAAAAUCUUGCAGCUGAUAUAAGAACCCCCCUCUCUUCUUCUUCUUCGGAGCCCCUCCACCAUCCCUCCAUCGCAUUGAGGAGAAAACACAGAAGCCUCCGGGACGUCAAUGUCUUAAAUUUUAAACGGAAUAUCGUGCAGGAUGGAGAAAUUGGCACGGGGACGUGGCAAGGUGGUGGCACCCAGCUUUGAAACUCGAGAGAACUGUGAUUUAAAAAUUGCCCGGAUUCAGGAACGUUCUAAAUCCCCCCCUUUUUUUCCCCUCAAAACAAUGGCUGCGUUCUUUAAGCUCCAUCUUAAAAGGUGGAUUCCAUAAAAUCUGGGACCCCCGGAGGUCUUCUAGUCCAACCCCCUGCUCGAGCAGGAGACCUCACACCCUUCUUGUCUUCGAGGCUUGUCCUUUUGACCCACCCAGGUUUUUGAACCCGGUUCCGGUUUAAGAGCAAAGGUUAUGAUGGUUUGAAUACAGGUAAACCACAGCUGAGCCUGACAUUUCUGUUGCUAAGGGAGUUUUGCCUCAUUUUGCGACCUGCCUUUCUUUCCCGUUAUUCAAUGGAUCGCUGUGGCCGUUCAUUUAGUAGCACGGAUGUAAAGUGAAUCUGUUUUCCCCCCCCUUGUCUUUGCUGGUCCGAAGGUCGCAAAAAGGGAAACUGCAACCGUCAUAACUUCGAGCCGUUUGCCAAGCAAAUCUGAAUUUUGAUCACGUGACCUGGGGGGGGUAAUGCAGCUAAUGGUUGCGGGUGUGAAAAACGGGUCACGUCGCUUUUCUCAGCGUUGUAACUUUGAACGGUCACUAAACGAAUGAUUGUUAAGUCAAGGGCUACCUGUAAUCUUUUCGGUGGGUUAUUGUAAGAGAAGCAAGGUAAAUCUAACAGCCCUUUUUUUAUGACACGAGGGAUUUUAGGUUGUUUUAUUCUUUGUGUCACAACGAAUCCCCUUGGGCCCUUAAGCCGGUGUUUCCCAAAACUUGGAAAAUCCCCCUCCCCAAAUGCAAUAAAAGUGGCUUCAUCUGAGCCCCACCCCCUUUUCUCUGCCCCCCAAAUCCUCCUUCGAUUGGGAAGGAAGGAAGGAAAGGGAAAUAGACUCCCAAGUCCCCAAGAAAUUCAGUUACGCUUAAUAAUUUGAAUUAAAAAGCUUGAUUCCCAAAGAUCGGACGUGUGAGUGCGUUGCAGGCCGAUUCCUUCGGUUGUGGGAUCCAGGGGUUGGCGCCAGUGUGUGAAGCGGCCCAGGGAUCUCAGAUUUUGGGCUGCCGAUUCGUUUGGAGAAACCAGGAGAGUUUUGUGAAUUGCAGGUAAUCCUCAGCUGGAGGGGGUGGACUAGAAGACCUCCAAACGCCCUUCCAACUCUGCUAUUCUGUUUCCAGCCUGGGGUAAGAGCCACGUUGAUGGAUGUUGAAUGGCUCUUGUUUCUUCUUCAUUAUUUCUGUCUUCGCUUCCUUGAAGCACCCCAAGGAUAUAUACAUACAUACACACACAGAUACAUACAUACAUACAUAUAUGGCUCUUUGGUUAUUCGGGUUUUCUCCCGCGUAAAAUUGGAAGUGUCUUGAUGACGUUUCGACGAAGUCUCGUCAUCUUCAAGCUGGUGUUUUCGGCUUCGUGCUUCUAGGAGCAAUGUGAGAUCGCAGCUGUUUCUUCCUUUUAAUUGCUAGUGGGGUGUGAACUGAUUGGGUGGGAGCUUGGCUGUGUUCUGAUUGGGUGGAGAUAUAUAUAUAUUGUGGGUGGGGGCAGAUGGAACAAAGCCAGCCCUAUUUGUCACUGUGCCAGUUGUGUUUUCCCACAUCUGCAGAGAUUCCACCUGCGGGUUCUAUCGGAUGAGCAAGCCGAUAAAAAGAGUUUUCCAAAAUAAACGAAGGGAGCUAACAUUUUGGA